AUGCAGAACGUCUCGAGGCCGAACUUUGGGUUUCCACUGGGAACAGCCCUGCUCCUCAUCGUCGUGUUCUGUCUGAGUGGUAUCUUCUCUUGCUCCCACUGGGACAAGCCUCGCUCUCGUCCGCCCCCGCGCGCCGCCUUAAUCUUCUCCCCGCUACUACUACGACAUCAUCAUCAUCAUCCUCAUCAUAUCAGCUGCUGCUGCUGCUCAUACACUGAUCCUCAUCUGCCACAUUCCAUCACCCCGCAACGUCCAAGCUAUUUGCUUCCAAAUGAUCAGGGCGCAGAGAACAAAACCUACGAGAGCUUGCCUGUUAUAAUGCCAGGAGAUCAGAUUCCAAAAUUCGUUGCCUGGCCUUGUCCUUGUCACUCCCACGCGAUCUCUAUCCAAUGCUAAUGCCCCAGUUAUUAACACUAGAGAUGGUGCUUUUUUCCUUCCAUUAAUUAAUCGCAUCCAACUCAACCUGUAGAUUCCUACAGAUUGUGAUCUCUUCUUCUUAAUUUUCUUUGAUACUUGUAAUUAAACAUUUUCUAGCCUUCUCAAGUUUGUCCGAAGAAGUAUUUAACCAUUCACUUAACCGUAUUGAUUGUAUUAUCUUAGCUCUUAAACUCCUAGAAAAGCCAUAUUUGGUGGUCAAAGUCAUUUUCCAGGAACUUUCCCAUGAGAUUUCAUGGGAGUUUAAUGCAAAAUACCUGCCAUCACAUAUGAAAGCAAGCGGUAACGAUCCUCAUCUUCUGCUUUUCUGAUCACUUGAAAUAGAAAACGAGUGAUGAUAGCUAGCUAGCUACAAUCCUAUAGCACUAGAGAAGGUGUAUUUGUAAACAAAGUAUUCUUUAAUACUUCACAUUUUGUUCAAUAAAUACUAAC